UAUAACCUUGAACUAAAUGAAAUGUAGUCCACAUCGCAAGUACACUUAAGGAAACAAAUAAAUAAAUAUUAAUAAAUGUUUUAAACAAGCACUUUAGAACUCUAAUUCUAAAGAACAUUAAUUAUUAACAGUUGCCAGAAGAAAUGUAAUGCUGAUUUAAAGGAACUGUGCCCCAUCUGGUGGAUAAAAAAAUACAAACAUGUUAGCCUAUAUCAGAUUUAUCCUUUUUUUAACUAUUGUGACGAGAAAAAUGGCACAAAAUAAACGUAAACAUGCCCCAAUAAACACACAACAAAUUACAGACUAGGCCUACAAUGCCUUUAAAAUGUGAAUAAACUGUCAUAAAAAUCUGCGAGUGCUUGAAAAUAAUGUAGAAUCAAUAAAUCAAAGCGUAAAUGUCGUAUUAUUCAGCCAUUCCCACUCUCUCCAGAUGUCACUCUGAUUGCGGCACAAAAUCUAGUGAACUGGUCAGCGCAAAGGCAUCAAAGAAAAAUCCUGAAAAUCCGGAUGCUGCCUACAUAGGCGGCUCGUGAGCGUUUGAAACACAGCCAGUGACCGGCAGCACCGCAGCUCCAGCAGCAGCAGCUUUCAUCUGACUCGCAGAGCUCCUGGCGAACCGUCUGACAUCGCAGGGUUAUUCGCUCUGAAAGACAGCAAUCAGCCAUUUUAGCCCCGCGCGUAUACCCAUGCCAAAAGAACAAAGCUUCCAUGAGGCACAAAGGCAAAAGACCGAGAGUUUCAGACAAUAAUAAAAACCUGCUCUUUUAUUUACGCGAGUUGCCUGUUUCCGCGCUGAAUUCUAGUAAGUGCCACAUGCGACGAUUGUAGGAAUGUGGAGCAUGGGAUCACAACAGCCAUUCACCUACAGCUUGGAAUCAUCUUGGGAGAUGACAGAUGGAUGCAUAGGGAGGAUCGAAGCCUGCAAGCCAAGCUCAUAAACUCACCAUGGACCAGGGCUUCAGUUUCAGCACGCUGAAGAAGUUAGCAGCUGAGCCGGAUCACACUGAUGUCACUCUGCCUGCUGUGGAACGUGUGCGGGCCCUCAGCAAAAUGGGCUAUAACAUAGAAAUAAACGAAGACAUCGCCCCGAGACGCUACUUUCGCUCUGGUGUGGAGAUGGAGCGUAUGGCAGCUGUUUAUCUAGAGGAGGGCAGCCUGGAGAAUGCCUUUGUCCUCUACAACAAGUUCAUCACUUUAUUUGUUGAGAAACUCCCCAGCCACAGGGACUAUCAGCAGUGCAACAUCCCUGAGAAGCAGGUGAUAAUGAAGAAAUUACAGGAAGUGGCUUUUCCACGCAAGGACCAAUUAAAGAGACUUCUCCACGAGAAAUACAGCAAAGAACACAGCGAAUAUCUGAAGAGUCAGACUCAAGCCAUGGCCGUUGACAUGUGUGGUGCACAACUGCAGAAGAUGUCUAUGCUGGAGGAAGAGCGGCAGCGUGUGGCACAGCUCAGGAAGAUGCAGAUCGAGUCUGAGCAGUUCCGUUACUUUGAGGACCAACUGCGUAGACAGGAGCUGGCCAGUCGGAGGGAUGAUGCUGGCCCCAAAGUGCCUGAACAAACUGACGGGUCCUGUUUAUCCCAGACCCCCAGAAACCAUGUGCGCCUUGACCCCAAUCGUAACAAACCAGCAGCCCCUAUUCCCAAACCGGCAGCCACCUUAGCAGCUGUACAGAAUCAGCGCGUGGAAGGCCUGAGGCGGGUUUUAAUCCCACGAGACCUGACUUACAGGUUCCUUCUGCUGGCAGACAGUAACACAGCGAGAGGAAUUGAAACGUGUGGAGUUCUCUGUGGAAAACUGACACAUAAUGAGUUUGUGCUGACUCACGUGAUCGUCCCAAAGCAGUCUGCCGGUCCUGAUUACUGUGACAUGGAGAAUGUGGAAGAGCUGUUCAGUUACCAGGAUCAUCAUAACCUACUGACCCUAGGCUGGAUCCAUACUCACCCAACGCAGACGGCCUUCCUCUCCAGCGUGGAUCUACAUACACACAGCUCUUAUCAGCUUAUGCUACCUGAGGCCAUCGCUAUUGUUUGCGCACCUAAACACAAUGAGAGUUUUCCGGCUCACCAGUGCUGGAAUGGGAGAAGUGGCCGGAUGCAGAUUGAAAGGUUUUCACCCCCACUCGAAAGACCCUCCUCUGUUCACUAUUUGCAAGCACAUUGUGGUGAAAGACUCAAAAACGAUAGUCCUGGACCUCAGGUGACAGAGGAAGAUGGAAAAUAUCAGUAUCAACAAACCAUUGAGAAUUUCUAUUUAUAUCUUUCUUUACUUGAAGGCUUUUUUGUAUUUAUUUAUUUUACAAAAAGGUACUGUGACAGAACCCCUCAGCUGCGCUGUUUGCUGUGAGCAGGUUUAGUGAAGUUGGUGUUUUUUUGUUUUUUUUUUUUAGAUCAUCAUCAUCAUGCGCUUUUUGUUCGUGGCCAGUAUGUUCUAGUCAGAACGUGUGGUAUAUUUGGACGCCCAUUUUGCUUGUUUGUCCUCAAGAUGGCGCCAUUUAUUAAGGCAUACUGUACAAUAAGGCUGCUAAAAUGUGAACUGUUUUCAGGACUUUUUACAAAAGUGUGUAUGAUUUGCCUUUAAUAUAUCACUGAUAUCACGUGCAGUUAUCUCUUUAACACAAUAUACACUGAAUAACCAAUAGUUUGUUUUUUUAACAAAAACCUAACAGAUUUUUUUAGACUCAGACUCAACUUUAGAGAGUCCAUUAUUAUUUUUAAUGGUCAAAUUAAUAAAGAUGCAAUAUAAGGCAGGAGAUCAACUUUAAAAUAAUGCAAUACAGACUAUAAUUUAGAUUUUCUCUUCAGUUUAAUAACACUUAGAAUAUCCCAAUUACCCGAUGUUGGUGAGUGAGCUUUUUUCUUUUCUUUCUUUUUUUCUUUUUUUUUUUCUUUUUUUUUUUACAAUGUGGAUCUGGUUACAGGAAAGUGAUUUUUGAAAAGUAUAAACAAGAUUGGGAUCUCUUAGUGCACACCAAAGCUCCUGUAACAGAACAGGCCUGUUUACAGGCAACAGAUUUCAGCCUUGACUGCGCUAAUCUCAGGGUAUACCAUUCCCUCAUUUUAACCAACUGAUUUUGUUUUGGUCUCCACUACUUUUGUGGUUUGAGAAGGAAGCUUUUUUUGUGAGCAGUGGAAGAUUGCAGAAGUGUUUGUUUUGUCUGUUGUGGAUUGGAUUGUUUCUCCAGCGUGUAGCUGUGUGUGCCAAUGGCUCCACUGAUGCUGUGCUGUUGUGGCUCUUUGUGAACAGGACAGUACAAGGAGGCUUUUGUGUCUGUUCAAGCACCAUUCUUUCCUCAACGCCUUUGUUAAUAAAAGUGACAAAGAUAACAAAAAAA